AUGUCGGCCUUCCGCGUCUGCGGUGGAAAGUGGCGGAGCUACACUCAGGAGAAUGUGUCUAAGUCAGUUCGUCUGUGGAAAACUGCUGUAGAACUGGAGGAGCCAGAGGAUGCCAGGAUCAUGCUGAGCAGAGCUGUGGAGUGCUGUCCAACUAGCGUGGAGUUGUGGCUGGCGCUGGCGCGGCUGGAGACCUAUGAGAAUGCCAGGCGUGUCCUGAACAAGGCCUGUGAGAACAUCCCUACGGACCGCCACAUCUGGAUCACCGCCGCCAAGCUGGAGGAGGCCAACGGGAAUACUCAGAUGGUGGAGAAGAUCGUUGACAGAGCCAUCAUAUCACUCUGGGCCAACGGAGUCGAGAUCAACAGAGAACAGUGGAUACAGGAUGCAGAGGAGUGUGAUAAGGCGGGUAGCGUGGCAACGUGCCAGGCGGUGAUCCGGGCAGUUAUUGGCAUCGGCCAUCGAGGAGGAGGACUGUAAACACACCUGGA